GUUCAGGGACGUCGCCAGAGAGUGAACCAAGCCACCAUGAGUUUGACCAACAAGGACAAGGCUGCCGUCAAGGCCCUGUGGGCCAAGAUUUCCAAAUCCGCCGACCUCAUCGGGGCCAACGCCCUGGGCAGGAUGCUUGUGGUCUACCCGCAAACCAAGACCUACUUCUCCCACUGGCCUGACCUGUCUCCCGGCUCUGCUUCAGUGAAGGCCCAUGGAAAGAAGGUGAUGGGUGGAAUCGGUAUGGCUGUGGCCAGCAUCGACGACAUGGUUACUGGUAUGCUGGAGCUCAGCGAGAAGCACGCCUUCACACUGAGAGUGGAUCCGGCCAACUUCAAGAUCAUCUCCCACUGCAUUCUCGUGGAGACCGCCACCCUGUUCCCAACUGAGUUCACCCCGGAGGCCCACGUCUCCUACGAUAAGUUCCUGAACUGCCUGGCCUUGGCUCUCUCCGAGAGAUACCGCUAAACUGCACUCAGUGUGGAAUGCGGUCUGCCGCACGAGACCAUGUAACUCAUGGUUAAAAUAUUAACAAAAAAUAAAUAAAUUGCAUACCAUCCCAAA